AUGGCUGUGUACUGCUACGCCCUCAACAGCCUGGUGAUCAUGAAUAGCGCCGACCAGGCGAAGAGCGGCGGCCCCCGGCCCCGCGGCAGCGAGACGUCCCCGCCGCCGAGCAGGGCGGCGCUGAGCCCCGGCAACGUCUUCAGCCCCGGGAGAGGCGCCUCCUUCCUCUUCCCGCCCGCCGAGCCGUUGUCGCCCGAGGAGCCCAGGAGCCCCGGGGGUUGGCGGAUCGGCCAGCGCAGGCUGAGCGCCGGCGGCGGCGGCGUGGGCAGCCCGAGUUGGGCGGGUAGCCGGAGAGGAGACGGGCAGCAGGUGGUGAGCGCCGGCUCCCUCUCCCCUCCGAGGCCCGAGGAGGCCAAGAGGAAGCCGCGAAUCCUGCAGCGCGAGUUACAGAAUGUGCAGGUGAACCAGAAAGUGGGCCUGUUCGAGGCGCACAUCCAGGCGCAGAGCUCCGCCGGCCAAGCGCCCCGCAGCCCGCGUUUGGGCAGGGCUCGCUCACCGUCUCCGUGCCCCUUCCGCAGCAGCAGCCAGCCCCCGGGAAGAGUCCUGGCUCAGAGCGAGGAACGGAGAACAAAGUCGUUGGGGGAACCAUGUCCGGAGACCGCGGAGGCCGGCUCCAGCAGGAGAGGGAGGGCGCCGGGACAGUGCCUCUCGGAGGGCGAGGAGGCGGUGGCGCUCUUCCCAGGCCCGGCUGCGCCCCCACCGUCAGGGGCUCAGGGCCCAGCGGCUUCUGUAGCGGAGAAGGAAAUCCCUGCCAGACCCCACUGUGGCUCCUCCAGACCUGGGGAAACUGACAAGAGGGUGUCUCCGCUUUGGGGAACGCGAAGCUGCCCAGCUCCCCCGACGGGGCUAGUCCGCGUGAACUUCGUGACGUCCACAGAAGUGGCAGUGAGAGCCACAGCCAGUGGGCCACACCAGCCACACGACCCUGGCCUCUUUGAGCGGGCUGAGAGGGCCCUGGAGCCUGGGGGUAUGCACCCCCGGGAGUCCCAUGUGCAUUGUAUAGAGCAGCCUCUGAGCGGAGAGAAGAGCCCAGUCCCAGAGAGGGGGGCGCUCUGCGGCGGAGAGCCCUCUGGGAAGGUGGGGGAAAGAGAUCCGCCCGGUGGGGUGCGGGGCUCGGGGGCGCCUGAAGCCAGAAGGCCGGAGAACAGGACUGUGAACGCGCAAAGUUCGGAGCCUUCUGAGUUCCGGAGUCGGAUCAAGCCAUCUCCAGACUUGGGGUCAGUAGGCCCCGAGGCGGCCCAGAGUGGGGCCCCGGUGGUCUGGGAGCCUCGGCGGCGCUGCAGCGGAGUGGAUGAAGGGUCUUCGACGCUGGGCCUGCUUGCGGCCAGCCGCUCGGCCCAGCUAGCGCCGCGGGAGGUGGAGGCAGGAAUUCCCUCUGGCGCAAUGCUAGAGCCUUUCCCCUGCUGGGCAGCCGCGAAAGCUCUAAAGGAACCUCAGUGCCUUCCUGGAGACAGGGCAGGCGUGCAGCCUGGGAGCUCCACGGCUUGGCCGGGCCCCAUGGAGGAAGCCGGUCUGGCCUGGACGUGUGGCACAGGUGUACAGCCAGAGGGGACUAGGGGAAGCCACCAGCCCGUGGGAGACGCCCCCUCCAGCCCAGAGCUGCUCUCCCCAGAUCAGAAGGACAAGCCUCCCCUGAUAGAGGCCUGCAGCCCCAGCAAUAUUCCUGCCGUCAUCGUUACAGACACGGGUGCCCAGGAGGACCAGACCUUUGAAGAGACCCAGGGAAGUCCUCGGGGCAGCCUGCCCCUGAGGAAACUGUCCUCUUCAUCUGCCUCAUCCACUGGCUUCUCCUCUUCCUAUGAAGACUCAGAGGAAGACAUCUCCAGUGACCCCGAGCGCUGUCUGGACCCCAACUCUGCCUUCCUGCAUACCCUGGACCAGCAGAAGCCCAGAGUGAGUAAAUCAUGGCGGAAAAUCAAAAACAUGGUGCACUGGUCUCCCUUCGUCAUGUCCUUCAAGAAGAAAUACCCCUGGAUCCAGCUGGCAGGACACGCAGGGAGUUUCAAGGCGGCUGCCAAUGGCAGGAUCCUGAAGAAGCACUGUGAAUCGGAGCAGCGCUGCCUGGACCGGCUGAUGGCAGACGUGCUGAGGCCCUUUGUCCCCGCCUACCAUGGGGACGUGGUGAAAGACGGUGAGCGCUACAACCAGAUGGACGACCUGCUGGCCGCCUUUGACUCACCCUGCGUGAUGGACUGCAAGAUGGGCGUCAGGACCUACCUGGAGGAGGAGCUCAUCAAGGCCCGCAAGAAGCCCAGCCUCCGGAAGGACAUGUACCAGAAGAUGAUCGAGGUGGACCCAGACGCCCCGACAGAGGAGGAGAAGGCCCAACGGGCUGUGACCAAGCCUCGGUACAUGCAGUGGAGAGAGACCAUCAGCUCCACCGCCACGCUCGGCUUCAGGAUUGAGGGCAUCAAGAAAGAAGACGGCUCUGUGAAUCGAGACUUCAAGAAGACCAAAACGAAGGAGCAGGUCACCGAGGCCUUCAGAGAAUUCACUAAAGGAAACCGCAACAUCCUGAUCGCCUACCGGGACCGGCUGAAGGACAUUCGGGCCACCCUAGAAGUUUCUCCCUUCUUCAGAUGCCACGAGGUCAUCGGCAGCUCGCUCCUCUUCAUCCAUGACCAGAAGGAGCAGGCCAAGGUGUGGAUGAUCGACUUCGGGAAAACCACACCACUGCCCGAGGGCCAGACGCUGCAGCAUGACGUCCCCUGGCAGGAGGGGAACCGGGAGGAUGGCUACCUCUCGGGCCUGAACAACCUCAUCGACAUCCUGACGGAGAUGUGCCAGAGCACCCCGCUGGCCUGAGGGCCCCGCCCGCCUCACCGCCACCCCCCUACCCACACCCACCCUGUCCCCUGCUUCCUUUCUCCUUCUGAAUUUGCCCCUGGCGGCUACCUGGGUGCAGGCCGCAGGACUGAACCUCCCGAACUGCACUACGAGACACUUUGUUAAGGGAUGAGGUGGAGUCUUGUGAGGAGAGGAAAGGUUUUCUGGUUCUUUCCCUCAUGACGGGCUUGGAGCUUCUCUUUAUAAACAGGAUCUACAAACGGAAGAGAAAUGCCCGGGGCCAGCUCGGCCGCCUGGAGGGGAGGGGGCCAGGCUCAGGUGGCAGUGAGGUCCCUAACCCUGGAGCCGGCCCCAGCCUUCCAGCAGGGGCCUGCUGCCCCCUGGUGGCUGUUUUCAUUAGGGUGGCCGCCAGGCUCAGCCCGAAUCAGCCCCACCCCCUAGCCUAGGGGCUGGGGCCCAGACGGUGUUUUGGCAGGUGCUUCUCCUAGUUGGGGCAAAAACCACUGGCAAAUGCAUGUUGGCCACGAGUAAAGCACUCCCCACCUAGCAACCCAGGGGCUCCCGCAGAUGCAUGGUGGCCUGCUAAUGUGGGGACCCCACCCGUCUGGUCAAGCUGGGGGCCAGACCGUGGAGCCAGGAGAAUGCUAGAGUCAGCUGACUGUUUGAUCUGACCUAGACCUUCCCAGGAGGGGGCGGGCAGGAGCCCUGCUCGUCCUUGAUUAUCACCCAAGAAUUCAGAAGGGUGCCCUACAAACCUGACCUUCCAGGGAGGUUGCCCAACCCCCAGAACCCUUUGUGCCUCCGGCUCCCAGCCUGGCUGCGACCAGGUCAGUGUCAUGGGGUGGGGCGGCCCAGGGCACAGCCAGCCCCCAGAGGAAGAUGAGGAAUCUGAGAGCACACCCCCCUUCCAUCCCUUUACCCCCCCUCCAUAUCCAGGGUGCACCCCUGGGCUUCUUUUAUGAAGUCACGUCCGCAGCAGGCUUAGGGCAGCACUGGGCAGGGAGAGGCAGCAUUCUGUCUUCACCGGCCUCACUUUUGCCCCGUGAAGUAACUUCUUACAGCCAAAGGGCUUAGACCCACAUUCCUUGGAUGUGGUGUGGGCGGCUCCUAGGAUAGGUAGUGGGCGGCAGGCUUGGAGACGGGGUGCUCCCAGAAGCCCUUCCUGGGGUCUCCAAGUUGUUGAACCAAUCAAGCCAUAUCUUAAUUUUAAAGCCAGUUAAGUCUAUAUUGUGGAGAAGAAUGAAAUCAGCAUGACAUUUUAAAAACAAGCCUUGGCUCUGUGGCCCUUUGGAGCUGUUAGACGCGCAAGAAUGCCCAGAGCUGAGCUGUGACGGGGUGGGCGGCACCAGGGCCAGUCACUGCGGGUGGACAGCUGAUUCCAGGACGUGGUGGAGAUACGGGUACCCAGGAGCAUGAGCCCAGAGGGGCCAAUCCAAGAGGCAGGGCCUUCCAGGGUUCCCCCGCCUCUAUCACCCCAGGGACUCGGAGGACCUUUGACCUCACCACGUGACACCAGCAUUUCCCCUUCCGCGCUGGGUGAGUGACAGUUGGUGGGGGCAGAGGGUAGGACCCAUGAGGACAUCUAAGUACAGAUUUUAGAAAAGGAAACCAUUUUGAAACUUCCUGGUUCAUGUUCCAGAACAGUGGUGAGCUUGUGUGUGGGGCUUGCUCAAGGUCCCACCCCCUCCUGGCUGAGCGCGAGAGAGCUUGUGACAGCAUGUGACCCUGUAAAGGUGGGAGCACCAAAGCCAGCUCUGGAUGGCCAGAGAUGGAGUCACUUGUGGCACAGAAGGGACCCAGCGGGCUGUGCAUCCACAGUCCACGGGGAGGGGACAGAGGGGACAUCGCUAAUUCGGACAUCCGGGCUCCACCACUGUGGGCUGACCACAGGUGGCCCUCGCUGAUCUAUGAAGAAAGUUGGCUAAAGCAAAGGAAUGCUCUGAACAAAGAAGUGCACGGGGCCAGCUUGACCUACUAAGAGAACAAAUUUUCCAAGCACUUUAAAUAGGCACCAAGUGUUUGCAAACAAAUGUACUAAAAGGCAAAAUGAUGUAUUUAUUAGAGGAGGCCCAUGGCGCCUCUUACUGACCAUACAUCAGGUUACAUUCUGUCCGUGAAGGUGGUAUAAAGGAGCAUUUUUUUUAUGGUUAUUCUCUUCCUUAGGGAUGAGGGGGGGUAUUUACUCGAUAGCGCUCCUCUCCGCACCUACACUGUCAACUUCCCCCGUCCUGGAGGGAUAGAUGGAUCCCAGGUGGAAUUUCCCAGAAGCCUUCAGAGGGACUCCUCGGGUGCUGGCGGUGCAGGUGCCGGGACGGUGGGACACACCACAUGCACCUGCACACAAGUGAGCGAGCGGGCAGCCUUCCCGCCCGGUCCUGGCUGGGCCCCAGGGCCCCUCGUGUUCAACGUGCUUAGCGUUCAAGGAGAAGCUUCUUGACUUCUUGCCUGCAGACUUGCCUUUCGCGUCCCGUAAGACGUUUUUAAGUUAUAUUUAUUUUUUCCGGUUUUUUAAUUGCACAAAACACUAAGAUUGGGAGGCUGGAUUCUGUUCGCCCUUUAAAGUUGUGCCUUCUUUCUGGAUUCCCUUUCCCGCUUGGCGGAAAGAGCCUGCAUACAGCACCGCCCAGCCCGCGGACCCUUUCCUCUGGGAGCUGUAGCUAGCUUUGGGGUUUCUCCUGCACCCAGCCCACACCCCAGUGUGUAUAUAACCCAGGCCCCGGGCUUGGGAAGAGGUGGGGUGUCGGUACUCUGCCAGUGCCUUUCUUCCAGAGGAUAGGGCUCCCCUUCUCUCUGUACCCCUUUUGCCAUGACACCUUGGAGAAACUGAACUGUUACAGACACCCCCCCCCCCCACGCCCUGCACAGUGCCUGUCAGACAGAUCGCAAUGCUCUGUAUUUUCCUGAAUAAAGGCCCUGGAGACCACC